GCCCGCGCAGCUGCGGGCCCGCCCGUCGCAGCCGCGGGCCCGGCCGCGCGGCCCGUGCUGGCGGGGCGGGGCCUUGGGCCGAGCCAUGGGGCCGCGCCCGGGGCCGGCCGCACUGCUGUGGCUGGCCGGCGGCGCUGCGCAGGCCUUCUAUUUGCCGGGCGUGGCCCCGAGGGAGUACCUGCAAGGUAAUUAUGUGGAGCUGAAGGUGAACAAGUUGACGUCGGCCAAGACGCAGCUGCCCUACAGCUUCUAUACGCUGCCACACUGCCCACCAGACGAGCUCAGGCACCAGGCCGAGAACCUGGGCGAGAUCUUGGUGGGCGAUAUAAUAGAGAAUUCGAAGUACCAGAUCCAGAUGUUGGAGAACGAAUCGUGCAAGGUGCUGUGCCGACGGGAGCUGCGCGACGAGGACAGGCGCACGUUCCGCACCAUGAUAGACGACGAGUACCUCGUCAAUUGGCUGGUGGACAGCCUGCCCGCCGCGACCCGGUACGCCGAUCCGAGAGGGACGGGCUACACUUUCAUGAACGGCUUCCCGGUCGGGACGGCGCAGAACGGGACCUACUACGUCCACAACCACGUGCUGUUGAGCCUCCAGUUCCACUCGCAUCCAGAUCUCUACGAGGGGUAUCGCGUGGUGGGCUUCGAGGUGCAGCCCAGCAGCCUGAAGCAGUCCGUCGAGGGGCAGGGCGAGGCGCAGAAGGCGAGCUGCUCUGGCGUGCCCAAGUUCGACCUCGACGGGGACCGCAGCAUCGUCUACACGUACGACGUUCUUUGGACCUGGAGUGACACACGGUGGGCAUCGCGCUGGGACACUUAUCUGAAGAUGACGGCCGGCAAGAUUCAUUGGUUUUCGCUGUUGAAUUCGCUGGUGGUGGUGUUUUUUCUCACCGGCCUCGUGGCCAUGAUCUUGCUGCGAACGCUGUGCCGAGACAUCGCAAAGUACAACGAGAAGGUGAGUGCGGAGCAGGCCGCGGAGGAGUCGGGCUGGAAGCUGGUCCACGCGGAUGUCUUCCGCCAGCCGGACCGCUCGAAGCUCUUCGUGGCCUCCGUGGGCUCCGGCUUCCAGAUCCUCCUGAUGUCGAUCGUGACCCUCGCAUUCUCCCUGAUGGGGCUGCUCUCGCCGGCACACCGCGGGAGCCUUUUGCAGUCGAUGAUGUUGGUUUUCACCCUCAUGGGCGUAUCUGCGGGGUACGUGCAGGCGAGGCUCUACAAGGUUCUCAACGGGGAAGCGUGGAGGCAGACCACGCUCCUGACCGCCUUCCUCUGGCCCGGCGCCGUCUUCGCCGUCUUCUUCGCGCUGAACUUGCUCAUCUGGGGGCAGAAGUCUUCCGGCGCAGUGCCCUUCACGACGAUGUUCUUGCUGCUGGCCCUCUGGUUCUGCGUGUCGGUGCCCCUGGUCUUCCUUGGAUCCUGGGUGGCGAUGCGCAGGGCGACCAUCGAGCUGCCAGUCCGCACUAGCGCAAUCGCCAGGCAAAUCCCCGAGCAGUCACUCCUCAUGCGGGCCCAUUCACGUGCCUCGUCGGUGGCGCCAUGCCCUUCGGUGCCGUCUUCACCGAGUUGUUCUUCAUCAUGUCCUCGCUGUGGCAGCACCAGUUUUAUUACUUGUUUGGGUUCCUGGCUCUCGUGCUUGUCAUUCUGUGUGUGACAUGCGCCGAGAUUUCCAUCAUGCUGACGUACUUCCAGCUCACCGCGGAGGAUCACCGCUGGUGGUGGCGGUCAUUCCUAACGAGUGCUUCGUCUGGGGUCUACGUGUUUGCAUAUUCUGUUUUGUAUUUCAGCAACAGGCUUCUGAUCGAUAGGUUCGUGCCGACAGUGCUUUAUUUCGGUUACAUGGGAAUCGUUUCUGUAUUGUUCUCCCUGAUGACUGGAUCCGUUGGCGCCCUCGCGUCAUUUGCUUUUGUACGCGGCAUUUACGCUUCGAUCAAGAUAGAUUGAGUUGAGUGCUGGGUGGCUGGUGUUGAGUGCCAGACGUGCCUCGACAGACGGAGGCACGCGCGUUCUCGCACGCAGAAAUCAUGCCAGCGCGCGGACCCCAAACAGUGGACGUUUCUUCCCCGACAGCCGCCCCGAUUCUCUCGAUGCGUGGGCCCCCUGGCCGCCCGGCCCAUUCCCAGGGCGCGCUCUCAUCACGCUCUCCUGCGACGACGGCUCCCAACGGCAGUCCGCUGAGGAGACGACAUCUGACUGGGCCUUCACCGUGGCCAUGCCAGCUUCGACAGAUCUGUUGGAUUGCUGCGGCCCCUCCGUUUUGGAUCCCGAGCAGUCGGGAUACAUUGAAGCUCACCGUCGUACAGACAACGAUGGCGAAUUCUCAGCGUUAUGUAUUGCAGUGUCUUCUUGGAUGGUUGAACAUUUGUCAUCGUCACCUCCCUCACCAUCGUUCGUCAUCGAAUGUGACUCGGAGUAUGCGGCUGGCGUGGCGCAGCGGCACGUCCGAGGGCGGGCGAACCUUGAGCUUGCUCUGCGGCUUCGCCAUCUCUGUGAUCAGGUUGCUUGUCAUAUUGUCUUCAGGAAGGUUGAAAGCCGUACUGGGCAAUGUCUGAACGAGCGUGCUGAUCACUCUGCCGAUUUCGGUGCCUACGGGAUCUUAUGUCACCUGGGCAAGCUCCUGGAGCUAAUGUUUGGUGGUCUCGGUCAGGCAGCCGCUGACCUUUCUCA